AUGGAUUUUCUCAUUGGUGAAGACUAUGAAAAAGAACGUCAACGACGUAUUGCCGAAAACAAGGCACUUCUAGCGCGACUAAAUAUCCAACACGGUAGACGUAUACAAGGGGGUAGAAUCUACGAUUCUGAACUUGGGACUACAUGUCAUCAGUGUCGGCAAAAAACCAUUGAAGAAAAAAUCCGAUGCACCAAUGAAUUGGAGGAAGGUCAGAUGUGUCGUGUGAUGCUUGAUGAAAGGUGUUUGGUGGGAAGAUAUGGUGAAAAUUUGGAGGAGGCUCGUAGGACCGGUGAAUGGAUAUGUCCCAAAUGUCGUGACAUCUGUAACUGUUCGUUCUGUCGACGAAAGAAAGGAUUGCAACCAACAGGUUUACUUAAAAGCAUUGCCUUGAGAAAAGGUUUUAAAAGUGUUAGACACUUUUUAGGCGAUGGUUUAAAAUUCGACAAAAAAAUUGUGAUUGAUGAUGAAACUAACCUCAAAAUUGAAGAUGCUGAUAAUAACUUUGUGCCUUUUAUCAAGAAUGAAGAUAUCGAAUCUGAUAUUUCUUUGAUGCAAACAAAAGAUGAAAACUCUGCCGAAACUUUUCAUAAUAUCAAGAGGGAAAAUCAUGAAAAUUGUCGAUUUCAAGAGAUUAUCAAAGAAACUACUCUUGAACAGUCUGAUCAGCUCGUUCCUUCUCGAGAUGACGUUGAUAUCAAACCAAUCAUCAAAGACUCCGAAGUCAGGAAUCCACUCCUUAAGGAAGAAGGAAUGGUCGAAGUCAAAAGGCGAACUACUAAAGGCAAAAGGCGAGCUAUUAAAAGGCAAUUCACUAAAAUCAAAAGGCACAUCACUAAAGGCGAAAACACAACGACUAAAGUCAUUAAUCCAAUCAACAAGCGUAAACACGUUGAUCUAUUAUACGAUUAUGAAAAUAAUUCUGGGUUCAAUAAUCCGAUUAAUAAUACAUCAGACGACGCAUCCGACGAUGAAAACUUUUUUUAUAACAUGAAAAAAGAGGAAAACACAUCCGAGAUUGUUAAUCCUUUUAUUGAUAACGAAAAUUUCUCGGACUCAUUUGAUAUUGUAAACCCAACCGUCAAUAACGAAUUUGACUUGGAUGCACGCCUUCAACUUGGUGACUCUUCGGAAACCAUUGGCCCGUUUACUAAAUAUAAAAAUUUCACUGGAUUCAGACAUCAAAAAAUUAAACAAGAAAAUGAUGUUUCUCAAAUCCUCAAUCCAUUAUAUAUUACUUCCCAAAACAGAAACCAAUUCAUCAAAAACGAAUAUCCAUUCAUUAAGGACGAUGACAUCGACUGGAAUGGGUUCCAAGAUGGCGUCUGUGUCUUGGUCAAUAAUUGUAACUUCAAUCCGAAUGCUUAUAUCUUCAAAUAA